GCCCCGCCCCCUCGCCGCCGCCGGCUGGCCGGGCUCGCCGCGCUUCCGCGGGACCCCGAGCGGCCCACCCAGUCGGGGUCUCAAAGGAAGGGGAGGCCGCAAAGCUCGGGAAGGAAAGAAAGGUCGCAAAGCUCGGGCAGAAAGGCCGGGUCGGAAGAGAAAAGUAGUCCGGGAAGCUUCUUGGAGGCGUGCGACUCGAUCACUUUUGUCUCUCUCGGGCCACCGUUGGUGCCUCUUGCGUCACGGUCGGUGCGGGCGAGCGGCGUCGUGUGCCGGAGGGAGACAGGCUCGCGACUCCGGGAGAUGGCGGACGCCUUCGGGGAUGAGCUGUUCAGCGUGUUCGAGGAGGACUCUACCGCUGCGCCGGGCACCAGGAAGGACAAGGACAAGGGGAAAUGGAAGGGGCCUCCAGGGUCAGCGGAAAAGGCCGCGAAACGUCCCGAUGGCAACUUACAGUCUGAGCCCAGUAAUGUUGGAAAAGCCAAGAGAGAGGCGGAUUUCGAGAGCGCCGAUGAACCCACUUUUGGAAAGAGGACCAGGGUAGAGGAGUCAAUAACUGAAGACCUAAGUCUGGCAGACCUGAUGCCCAGGGUCAAAGUGCAGUCGGUCGAGACCGUCGAGGGCUGCACCCAUGAGGUUGCCCUUCCUGCAGAUGAAGAUUAUUUACCACUUAAACCUCGAGUUGGAAAAGCUGCAAAGGAAUACCCAUUCAUCCUUGACGCUUUCCAGAGAGAAGCCAUCCAGUGCGUGGAUAACAAUCAGUCUGUGUUGGUGUCUGCGCACACAUCCGCAGGGAAAACCGUCUGUGCCGAGUAUGCCAUUGCACUGGCCUUAAGGGAAAAACAGCGUGUAAUAUUCACCAGCCCGAUUAAGGCUCUGAGUAACCAGAAAUACCGUGAAAUGUACGAGGAGUUUCAAGAUGUUGGUCUGAUGACCGGAGAUGUCACUAUUAACCCUACAGCAUCUUGUCUUGUCAUGACCACAGAGAUUUUGAGGAGUAUGCUGUACAGAGGUUCUGAAGUUAUGCGAGAAGUUGCUUGGGUCAUAUUUGAUGAAAUUCAUUACAUGAGAGAUUCAGAGCGCGGUGUGGUGUGGGAGGAGACCAUCAUCCUGCUCCCCGACAACGUCCACUACGUCUUCCUUUCGGCUACUAUCCCCAAUGCCCGGCAGUUUGCCGAAUGGAUUUGCCACCUACACAAACAGCCCUGCCACGUGAUCUACACGGACUACCGACCGACCCCGCUGCAGCACUACAUCUUCCCGGCGGGCGGGGACGGCCUGCACCUCGUGGUCGACGAGAACGGGGACUUCAGAGAGGACAAUUUUAAUACCGCAAUGCAAGUUCUUCGAGAUGCGGGGGAUUUGGCAAAAGGAGAUCAGAAAGGUCGGAAAGGAGGAACAAAAGGACCAUCAAAUGUGUUCAAGAUUGUGAAGAUGAUUAUGGAAAGAAAUUUUCAACCUGUGAUUAUUUUCAGUUUUAGUAAGAAAGAUUGUGAAGCCUAUGCACUUCAGAUGACCAAGUUGGAUUUCAACACAGAUGAAGAAAAGAAGAUGGUUGAAGAAGUGUUCAGUAAUGCGAUCGACUGCUUGUCAGAUGAAGAUAAGAAGCUCCCUCAGGUUGAGCAUGUGCUCCCCCUUCUGAAGCGGGGGAUCGGCAUUCACCAUGGCGGCUUGCUUCCUAUUUUGAAGGAAACAAUAGAAAUUCUGUUUUCUGAAGGACUGAUAAAGGCCUUGUUUGCAACAGAGACUUUUGCCAUGGGAAUUAACAUGCCCGCUAGAACAGUGUUAUUUACAAAUGCCCGAAAAUUUGAUGGGAAAGAUUUUCGAUGGAUCUCCUCGGGGGAGUACAUCCAGAUGUCGGGGCGCGCGGGCCGGCGCGGCAUGGACGACCGGGGCAUCGUCAUCCUGAUGGUGGACGAGAAGAUGAGCCCCACCGUGGGGAAGCAGCUGCUUAAGGGCUCAGCUGACCCUCUGAAUAGUGCUUUCCACCUCACCUACAACAUGGUUUUGAACCUGCUACGCGUAGAGGAGAUCAACCCUGAGUACAUGCUGGAGAAGUCUUUCUACCAGUUCCAGCACUACAGAGCCAUCCCAGGGGUGGUGGAGAAGGUGAAGAACUCAGAAGAACAGUAUAAUAAGAUAGUGAUACCAAAUGAAGAGAGCGUGGUCAUCUAUUACAAGAUUAGACAGCAGCUCGCCAAGCUGGGUAAAGAAAUUGAAGAAUAUAUCCACAAACCAAAAUACUGCCUACCAUUUCUACAGCCAGGCCGUUUGGUAAAGGUAAAGAAUGAAGGCGAUGAUUUUGGCUGGGGAGUAGUAGUGAAUUUCUCAAAAAAGUCAAAUGUUAAGCCGGGCUCGGGGGAGCUGGACCCCCUCUACGUCGUGGAGGUGCUGCUGCGCUGCAGCCGGGAGAGCCUGGAGAACUCGGCGACGGAGGCCGCCCGGCCCGCCAAGCCGGACGAGAAGGGGGAGAUGCAGGUGGUCCCGGUCCUGGUGCACCUCCUGUCUGCCAUCAGCAGCGUGCGGCUUUACAUCCCCCGGGACCUGCGGCCGCUGGACAACCGGCAGAGCGUGCUCAAGUCGAUCCAGGAAGUUCAGAAACGGUUUCCGGACGGUGUGCCCUUGUUGGACCCUAUCGAUGACAUGGGCAUUCAAGACCAGGGCCUGAAGAAGGUCAUCCAGAAAGUGGAGGCCUUCGAGCAUCGGAUGUACUCCCACCCGCUGCACAACGACCCCAGCCUGGAGACCGUGUACACGCGCUGCGAGGAGAAGGCGCAGAUCGCGCUGGACAUCAAAUCUGCCAAGCGAGAGCUCAAGAAGGCGCGGACAGUCCUGCAGAUGGACGAGCUCAAGUGCCGCAAGCGCGUGCUGAGGCGGCUGGGAUUUGCCACCUCCUCCGACGUCAUCGAGAUGAAGGGACGGGUGGCCUGCGAGAUCAGCAGUGCCGACGAGCUGCUCCUGACCGAGAUGAUGUUCAACGGGCUCUUCAACGACCUGUCCGCCGAGCAGGCCGCCGCCCUGCUGAGCUGCUUCGUGUUCCAGGAGAACUCCAGCGAGAUGCCCAAGCUGACGGAGCAGCUGGCGGGCCCGCUUCGCCAGAUGCAGGAAUGUGCUAAACGAAUCGCGAAAGUGUCAGCAGAAGCCAAGUUGGAAAUUGAUGAGGAAACGUACCUGAGCUCGUUCAAGCCUCACCUGAUGGACGUGGUGCACACCUGGGCGACUGGGGCGACGUUCGCCCACAUCUGCAAGAUGACGGACGUCUUCGAAGGCAGCAUCAUCCGCUGCAUGCGGCGCCUGGAGGAGCUGCUGCGGCAGAUGUGUCAGGCGGCCCGCGCCAUCGGCAACACGGAGCUGGAGAACAAGUUUGCGGAAGGAAUCACCAAAAUCAAGAGAGAUAUUGUGUUUGCUGCCAGCCUCUACUUGUAGCAAGUUACGGGGACGUGGGCCUUCACACCGUCACCCCCGAGGGAGGACAACAGGUGCCCCCAGGACCGACAGGCUCGCCUCCUCACAGCGGUUGUCCUCGCACAUUUAACAGGGACGGUGUGCACAGCAAGCAUCAUUACAGACAUGUUUGUACAUAAGCGUUACAUUUUUUAAUAAAAAUGUACAGGUGGGCAUCA